AUGGCCAACAACAUAUCAAAUAGUUCAACGUCAAAAACUGAAGAUUCAGAACACAUUGAAAGUAACAAUACAAGAUCAAUUCGUCUCGUAGAAAAUUUUUUAGUUAUUUGGCUUGAUUCAAAUAUAAACGAAACGUCUGAUGAAUAUCAUCACGCAACUAAUCAACUUCAACAUUAUGUAAAUACAAUUCAAUUAGCUUCUGAUCAAACCGAGUAUAUCGAUUUGAUAAAGAAUACUAAAGAUGUAAAAGUAUUCAUAAUUGUUUCGGGUACUUUUGGCAUAGAUUUAGCUGAUGUUAUGCAAGUAACACCUCAAAUCUAUUGUGUCUAUGUUUAUUGUGCUGAAAAGAAACAUCAUGAAGAAUGGGCGAAACAUCAUCAAAUAAUAAAAGGUGUCUUUACUGAUAUAGAAACUAUUUGUGAUGCUCUUCGACGUGACGUUCGUCGAGUAAAUAACGAUUUGAUACCAAUAAGUAUUUUGCAAUCGACAAGUUCAGAUCAGUUCGAUCAAUUAUUUGCCUGCUCAUUGAUACUGAAAGAAUUUCUAAUCAAUAGCGCAUGUGAGCAACAGACAAAGAACAAUUUUAUGAAAUUUUGCCGUUCUCAACAUAGAGGUAACUCUUAUCAAUCUAAUAUAAUUAAGAAAUAUCAAGCAAAACCUAAAAAAUUAACACCGAUUCAAUGGUAUACUCGAGAAUGUUUUUUAUAUUCGAUGUUAAAUCGAGCAUUGAGAUUAUAUGAUAUAGAAAUUCUGACUCAAAUUAAGUUUUUUGUUCAAGAAGUGAACGAACAAAUUCAAAAAAUAUAUUCCCAAUCAGAUCAACAACACCCUCAGACUGUUUAUCAUGGACAAAAUAUUACGAAUGAUCUACUUUCAAAAUUACAAAAAAAUAAAAAAAGUUUAAUUUCUUUCAAUACAUUUUUAAUGGCGAAUAUGGAUGAAAAUUUAACACUAGAUUUGCUUCAACAAUCUCAAAAUGAUCCUAAUUUAAUAGCUGUUCUUUUCAAAAUAGCUGUAGAUCGAUCGAAAUCGUCAUAUCCAUUUAUUAUAUUAGAUGAAUUCGAUUAUUAUCAAGAUUCAGAUCGAUAUGUACUUUUUUCACUGAAUACAACAUUUCAAAUUGAGAAUAUUGAACAAAUAAAUGAGCAACUAUGGGAAGUCAGAUUAAUUUUAGUUAAAGACACUAAUAAAAAAUUAAAUACUAUCAAGGAAUGGAUUGAAACAAAGUUUCGUGAAUUAGAUUCAAUUCUUAGAUUCGGUAAAAUAAUGAUUGAUAUUGGUAAAACAGAUAAAGCCGAAGAAUUUUAUAAAUUUUUACUUGAAAAUUCAGAUGAAGAGGAUAAAGAUGCGCUUGCUUAUAUUCAUCGUAAACUCGGCUUCAUCAAAGAUCAAAAGAACGAACUGGAUGCUGCAUAUACUCAUUAUAUGGAAAGUUAUAGAAUUCGAUUAGAUAGCGUUCUCGAGGAUGAUCCUCGUCUUUGCAAGAUUUAUGCUGGUAUUGGUGCAGUUCAACGAAAACAAGGUCGUCAUGAUCGUGCUUUGGGAUAUUUCAAUAAGGUUCUUGAUAUUCAUAAAAAUAUUUCAAAGCCAAAUCCAUCAGUUCUAGCUUUUUGUUUAUAUAAUAUUGGUUUAAUAUUUUAUCAACAAAAAAAAUAUGAGAAAGCACGAAAGAAUUUUGAAAAAGCACUAAGAAAUCAAAACGAUGUGCUGUCAUGUAAUCGUGAUUUGUUGACUAAUAUCCAUAGUAGUCUAUCGAUGGUGUUUAAUGAUCUUGGUGAAUAUCAGAAGGCUAUGGAACAUGCUCAACAAGCGUUAGAAAUCGCUACUAGUAUUAUUGAAUCUAAUAAUGAACGAAUAGAAAUCUAUCAAAAGUCAAUCAAUCAACUCAAGGAAAAGAUUAGCGAACAAUAA